GGCGGCUGGCGAAGCGACGCGGGGUCCCCGAGCGCGCCAACGCGGUCCCCGCCGGAGCCUCGGCCGUCCCCGAGCGCGGUCUUCUUCCCCGGGCGCGGCGAUCCCGCACUGCCGGCAGAGCAUGGGUGCGCGCGCCUCGGCCGGGCCCGGGGCCCGAGCCGGGCUCUUGCUCCUGCUGCUGCUGCUGCUGCUCGGGCUGCUGGCGCCGGGCGCGCAGGGGGCGCGGGGCCGCGGCGGCGCCGACAAGAACAGCUACCGCCGCACGGUCAACACCUUCUCGCAGAGCGUCAGCAGCCUGUUCGGCGAGGACAACGUGCGCGCCGCGCAGAAGUUCCUGGCCAGGCUGACGGAGAGGUUUGUCCUGGGGGUAGACAUGUUCGUGGAGACAUUGUGGAAGAUGUGGACAGAGCUGCUGGAUGUCCUUGGACUUGACGUCUCCAACAUGUCCCAGUACUUCAGCCCGGCCUCAGUGGCCAACAGUCCCGCCCGUGCACUGCUGCUGGUGGGCGUGGUCCUGCUGGCCUACUGGUUCCUGUCGCUGAUCCUGGGCUGCACCUUCAGCGUCCUGCACCUGCUGUUCGGCCGCUUCUUCUGGGUGGUGCGGGUCAUCCUGUUCUCCAUGUCGUGUGUGUACAUCCUGCACAAAUACGAGGGCGAGCCCGAGAACGCCGUCCUGCCGCUCUGCUUCGUCGUGGCCGUCUACUUCAUGACCGGGCCCAUGGGCUUCUACUGGCGCGGCAGCUCCGGCCCCAGCGUGCAGGAGAAGCUGGAACUCCUGGAGAACCAGGUCAGGAUGCUCAACAUUCGCCUCAGCAGGGUGCUGGAGAGCCUGGACCGCGCCAAGGACAAAUGAAGGUCAGCCACCCCCCUGGGUGCUCUUUUACCAGCGCGGGCUCUCGGGAAACAUGAAAAGAGGAAAAAA